CGUCCGAAGCACCCACCAAAACAGUUCAAUUUCAAAUUCAAACGGCCGGAAACAGUGGAUUGGAAACAGCCUUUCGCGAAAACUCAGCGUUAGUUAAGAACAUGUCCCGCUUGCCAGUCAGUUCAAGCAAGAGGGUCCUCCUUACGAGCAGCAGCAGCUCAGAGAAUGGACAAGACUUUGCGCCUGCUCAGAAGAAGAUUCGCAAGGACCCAGAGCCUGUCAAACCACAUGCAGCAGCUACAAUCAUCGGUGGCAGGCGGCCUCUUGUUGCAGCAACCAGGGCACCUAUUGCUAGACCAGUCAGAGGUGUGGGAGCUGCCACCGUGGCUGUUGCUCCGUCCAGAGGUGUCCUGAAACGAUCUAUAGCUUCAACUGCAGCAAAGGGAAGCAAUGUGAAACAAUCUGUCGCACCCCCAGGCGCAAAAACAGAUGGGGGUGGGGGUCCCAAGCGGCAAGCAUGGGACCUGAAGGGCAAGGUCAGCGACAUGGAGGGUAAGAUCCGCACCUACCAGACCAAGGUCAAAGCUGCCAACCAGGAGAACGAGGUGCUGAGAGGCACGAUGGUCCAGAGCCAAUCAAGAGUGGUUGAAAUGGAGCAAAACCUUGUGAGGCAGAGGAGCCAGAUCAGGGAGUAUGAGGCCGAGCUGCAGGCACUGUCAGGAGUGCGGGAGGAGUUGGAGAAGGUGUCUAGUGAUAAGAACACUCUUGAAAAGGAGCUCUCCAACUUAGAGAGUAAAUAUAAGGUCAUGGAGACUCUGCGGGACAGCCAGGAGACAGAGCUGCAAACUCUCAAGAUGAAGCUGUCUGUGCAGGAGACGACUCUGUCCCGCCUGCAGCUGACCCUCAGAGACACGGAGGAAGAGGUCUGCUCUCUCAAGGACACUGUGGUCCGGCAGGAGGACGAGCUUCAUGCCGGGGAGAUGGAGCGCCGGCGGCUCCACAACACCAUCCAGGAGCUCAAGGGCAACAUCAGGGUCUUUUGCAGGGUGCGCCCUCUGGUGGAGGGAGGCCUCAGCAAGCACAUCCAGCUCCCAGUCAGCGACAACAAGACGAUAACGCUGGCCAAAACAGAGGAGUCUCACACAGGAAAAGCUGCUGACACUCAGAAAAAUUACAACUUCAAUUUUGACCGAGUGUUUGGCCCCCAGUCUUCGCAACAGGAGGUCUUUGAAGAGAUCUCUCUGCUGGUGCAGUCCGCAUUGGACGGCUACAACGUCUGCUGCUUUGCCUAUGGCCAGACGGGGAGCGGGAAGACGUACACCAUGGAGGGAGACGAGUUUGACGAGUCCAGAGGUGUCAUUCCUAGAGCCGUGAAGCAAAUCUUCAGAGCAGCAGAGAAACUGGGAACACAGGGCUGGGAGUUCAACUUCACGGCAAGCUUUGUGGAAAUUUACAACGAGGGCCUGCGGGACCUCCUUUACUCUGGCAAGGCCAGCAAGAGGCCCGAGCACGAGAUCCGAAAGUCCUCCAACAACGAGGUGACCAUCACCAACCUCACAUACGAAAGGGUCUGCAACGAGGAUCAGGUUCUCGGCCUCAUCAUGUUGGCCAAUCAGAAUCGCUCCACGGCCCAGACGGCCCAGAACGACCGCUCCUCUCGCUCCCAUUCAGUGUUCCAGCUGGAUAUCGAGGGAGUGAACGUUGGCAGGGAUGUCAAAUGCAAGUCCACUCUGUGCCUGGUGGACUUGGCCGGCAGCGAGCGGAUGCUGAAGAGUCAGUCUCAAGGAGAGCGCUUUAAGGAGAUGACCGCCAUCAACGGCUCCCUUUCCAACCUCGGCAUAGUCAUCACCGCGCUGGCCAACAAGGAGAGCUAUGUUCCAUACAGGAACUCCAAGCUGACCUACCUGCUGCAGGGAUGCUUGGGAGGAAACAGCAAAACCCUGAUGUUUGUGAACAUUGCCCCAGAGCCAGACAGCUUUGGAGAAACCCUGAACUCCUUGAGGUUUGCAAGCAAGGUGAACGACUGUGUGAUUGGGACUGCAAGUGCCAACAGGAAGUAGAGCAAAGUGCUUAAAAAACGUGGUUCUUACUAUUUUUACCAUUAUUUAUGGUCACAACAUGAAAUGUUCAGUAUAAUUGUUUUGCAACUCUUUUGACUUGUACAUUGUGCAGUUUGUCACAUUAUGGUGCUGAAUCAGGCUGAAUGGUUCAGGGGUUGCCGUGUUGCCAUUCUUCAAUCAAUUCUUUGCACCUUUUGAGCUUUAACAAAAUAGAGACAGUAAAACGUGCGCCUGUAAAUAAAAAACAACCCCACAGUCGGAACCGGAACCAGACGACGCAUGAUGUUUGUUUGUUGUUGAUGACAUAUUGUUUUUGGGAUGCUUGCUGUCAGAUUUCAGAACAGUCUGCUGAGCUACUGUUUACCCGUCAGAACAGUCAUCACUCAUAGAGACGGCAUCACACCAACUCUGUUAAACUAUUUGAUAUUUCUCUCAAGUUGGGCUGAAAACCAACAUUUGAAAGGGAGAGAAAUGAUAAACAAGUAACCAGAGACUUACUGGAUUCAUUUCUGAGUGAUCUGUGAAGAACAUGACAACAUCUGCACCACGGCUAUCUUAUCUUCCCGGAAUUGAGUGAUUCCACUUACGAUUCAAAUUCUGUAAAGUAUAAGACAAAACACAAACAACAAAGAAUUUUCUUUGGUUACUGUAUUAAAGCUUGUAUUCGUUUAUGCCACAUUUUAACUAUUAAGCUGAAGUAACUGCAUAGUAUCCUAAUUACUCAAAAUAUAAGGUGACCUGGCAACCAUAUUUUCAGUUUUGGCAACAAAAAGCCGGUGCCUGAUUGCCAGUCUGGCAACCACUUUUAAAAGUUAGUGUUGAGCUCGAUAAAAGCCAAAAACUAAAAUGAUUUUGUAUAUUCUCAGGACUUUGAUUAGUGAUCACUAAUACAGGCUUUUAAACAUGUAAUCAAGUGGAUGUGUACAUACGCAUGUUUUUAGUUCUUGAUUUAUGAGGAAAUUCUCUAUUUGAGUCAUUUAAUCUCAGUUGGACAUGUCCUAUUUAAGUAAGAGGACUCGUAUUAAGUUGGUUUUUUUUCUCGAUUUAAAUAUGAUGUGUUUUGUAUAACUUGCACAAUAGUUGCAAAUAAAUGUAGUGUGGUGAAAUCACUUUUGUUUUUCU